CUUCAGCUAAGCUGGAAGUAUUUCACUGUGUAUCACAGGCAGAGGGGGAGGGGAGAGAAAGCAAGAAAAACUGCUCGCUCUCUCAGCACUUGUGCUUUUGUUAGUUCUACACAAGAGGCAGAGAGAAACAAGAGAUAACAAAGGCUCCAUUUCCUUUCUGUUAGAGAAGGCUUUUGUCUUUUCUCGGGCAACAAUGUCAGUGUCCGGCAAGAAAGAGUUUGAUGUGAAACAGAUCCUGAGGCUGCGCUGGAGAUGGUUUAGUCAUCCUUCUCAAGGAUCGCCUAACACUGGAAGCUGCCUUCAGCAGGAAGGAUAUGAGCAUAGAGGGACCCCGGUGCAGGGCAGGUUGAAGAACCACUCACGGGACAGAAACGGACUGAAGAAAAGCAAUAGUCCUGUCCACCACGAUAUACUGACGCCAGUGCCAGGACCAGCGCCUACCCAUCAAAGAGUCCUUCAGAACUGGCACCAACAAAACGUGAUAGUACAUCUUCAAGCAAAUGAAGACACUCCUAAAGCCGUUCCAGAAGGAAAUUUGCUCAAAGAGGCUUGUGAGAGGCGCUCACGAGAUUUGGAGAUGAUGGGUGAUGACAAUAUAGAAGAUACUAGAGCACGACAAUAUGUUGAGGAACCUGAACAAAUGAAUAUCAGUUCUGAGGAUAACUACCGUUCUCGAAACCAUGCAGACUACACUCUCUGUAAAAUGGAAAGCUAUUUGAAAGAGAAAAAACUGUGUGAUGUGCUACUUAUUGCUGGACCUCUUAAAAUCCCAGCUCACCGAUUGGUUCUCAGUGCUGUGUCUGAUUAUUUUGCUGCAAUGUUUACUAAUGAUGUGCUUGAAGCCAGACAAGAAGAGGUCAAAAUGGAAGGAGUAGAUCCAAAUGCACUUAAUUCUUUAGUGCAAUAUGCUUAUACAGGUAUGCUGCAACUGAGAGAAGACACCAUUGAAAAUUUGCUGUCUGCAGCCUGUCUCUUACAACUGACUCAGGUCAUUGAUGUCUGCUGCAAUUUUCUCAUAAAGCAGCUUCAUCCUUCAAACUGCCUAGGGAUUCGCUCAUUUGGAGAUGCCCAGGGCUGUAUGGAGCUUCAGAAUGUGGCACAUAAGUAUACCAUGGAACACUUCAUUGACGUAGUAAAGAAUCAAGAAUUCCUGCUGCUUCCAGCAAAUGAAAUAUCAAAACUUCUGUGUAGCGAUGACAUUAAUGUGCCUGAUGAAGAAACAAUUUUCCAUGCUCUUAUGCAUUGGGUAGGUCAUGAUGCUCAGGCUAGGCAACGAGAUCUGGCGAAGCUGCUUUCUUUCAUCAGACUGCCAUUACUCUCGCCACAGUUGCUUGCAGAUCUGGAAAACAGUUCAAUGUUUAAUGGUGACCUGGAAUGUCAGAAGUUACUAAUGGAAGCUAUGAAGUAUCAUCUCUUGCCUGAGAGAAGAUCCAUGCUGCAAAGCCCUCGUACAAAGCCUAGAAAAUCAACUGUGGGGGCACUUUAUGCUGUGGGAGGUAUGGAUGCUGCUAAAGGCGCAGGCAUCAGGCUUUCCUUCCAGCAACGUUUCCUCCUGAACCAUUUCUCUGGUACCACUACAAUUGAGAAGUAUGACCUCAGAACCAACAGUUGGAUCCAUAUUGGCACUAUGAGUGGUCGUAGACUUCAGUUUGGAGUGGCAGUUGUUGAUAAUAAACUUUAUGUUGUGGGAGGACGAGAUGGCUUAAAAACUUUGAAUACUGUGGAAUGUUUCAAUCCAGUUACUAAAACCUGGGUUGUGAUGCCUCCUAUGUCAACACAUAGGCAUGGGCUAGGCGUAGCCACACUUGGAGGACCGAUGUAUGCUGUUGGAGGUCACGAUGGAUGGAGCUAUCUAAAUACUGUGGAAAGAUGGGAUCCUGAGGGACGUCAGUGGAAUUAUGUGGCCAGCAUGUCAACUCCAAGAAGUACAGUUGGAGUUGUUGCAUUAAACAACAAGCUGUAUGCUAUUGGGGGACGUGAUGGAAGUUCCUGCCUCAAGUCCAUGGAAUACUUUGACCCACAUACUAACAAGUGGAGUCUGUGUGCCCCAAUGUCCAAAAGACGUGGAGGUGUAGGGGUAGCAACACACAAUGGAUACUUGUAUGUUGUAGGGGGUCAUGAUGCCCCUGCUCCUAAUCAUUGCUCCAGGCUUUCUGAUUGUGUGGAAAGAUAUGAUCCAAAAAAUGAUUCAUGGUCAACUGUGGCACCUUUGGGUGUUCCUCGAGAUGCUGUUGCAGUGUGCCCCCUUGGAGACAAACUCUAUGUGGUUGGCGGAUAUGAUGGUCAUACUUAUUUGAAUACUGUUGAGUCAUAUGAUGCUCAGAAAGACGAAUGGAAAGAGGAAGUCCCUGUGAACAUUGGAAGAGCUGGAGCAUGUGUUGUUGUUGUGAAGCUACACUGAAAUUAUCAUUUGCUUAUGUAAUGAAAUGGAUUUCAAGAAUGAAGAAAAACAUGCUCCUUUAUGAAGCUCAUCAGCAAACUAAAUGCUGUUUUGUCAUUCUCACACAUAGUUGAAACUUAACAUUCGUAAGGCUGAAAAUGAAAUUUAAAUGUGGAUUACAUAUUAGUGUUAAGUGUAUGUAUACUUAGUUUAUAGUCUAAUGAGAAAUCCAAUAGGCAAUGAUUUAGGCUCAUUACCAUAAAAUAUUAAAGUAUCUAGUGGAUAUUUGGUAGUGGGCAAUAUUUGAAGGUGAUGAAUACAUUAACAGUUUUCAUGUAUGGACCUGGGAAGUAAAAAAAAGCAAAUUCUGUUAAAGGUACUCUACUGUCUGGAAUAGUUGGAUACAAAAAUGACAGGAGCUUUAAAGCAUAACAUUUGGUUUUCAAACAAUAGCUCACAUUGCUAAUAUUACCUCACAUUUGUCAAGAAGAAAGGUUUUUCUGGGUCAAAGAUGAGAUUAUUCAUUGAUAUAAUUUGCUAUACUAAUCACACUAUUUCAAACUUUUCACAAGCCUAUUAUUUUUAGUUAACUCUCUGUCAAAAUGCGUGUAUAGAUUUUCUAUUUCAUGAGGUGGUGUAUUGAUAGAUUCAUUUGCAGUAAAAUAUCAUAAUGUCACAUAUACAAUCUUUAUUCUGAAACAGUGAAUCAGUGAAUAUUAUAUUGAUAUAACGUGUGACCUAAACUUCAGAAUGUGAGGGCCUCAUUUGUACAGAAAUUAAUUUUCUCCUCAAACAUUUAAUGUGCUCUCUGUAAUCACCUUCCAUUAGGUUUAAUAGUUGAUUUAAUCAAUUCUAAAGAAGAUUAUAAUUGAGUAAAUAAUCCACAAUUCUGACACUUGGAUACACUGAAAUGCAUUAAUUAAUAUACACUAUUCUAUAAUUUCUAUUUACCUAUCAAUAUCUGCUUUUCUUUUAAUUUCAUACUAAUGUUUAUCCAAUAGGAGAUGGUAAGGAUAAAUGUACUACAAAACUACAUUUCUGAAAAUAAGAAAAGAAUAUUGACUCAUAUUUUAGCUUUUAACUAUUAUUUUCAUUCAUCUUACCUAAUGACAAAACUAUAUGGUGAAAUAUAGAAAACUCAUGUUUAUGUAGUUAAAUUUUCAAGUAAAUAUUCCACUUUAGAAUUUCUAUAAUGUUUUCUUUUAAAUGACCUUUGUAUCGUAGACUAUCAAAAAAAAUCAAAAACAAAAAAGCCAGAGAGAUGCUUAUCAUAUGUAUUACUGCUACUUAUUAAUUUUUUUAAAAUCACAUCAUAAGUUGCACAAAGAUGUUUGUACUAUGACAAGCUGAAUUUAAAUAAAAUCUUUUCUCUCUGGCUAUAGAGACUAUGCUUUUUGAAUAUGCUAAAUCUAUGCUGAAUGCUCCUUCCGACGCUACUGUGCCACACUUUUGAAAAUAUUUAAAUGCUAAUAUAUAGUUCACUGGUUUUUUUUUUUUCUUAUUUUGUCUGUAAUUCUCAACAGAGAUCAACAGAUUUUUCCAUGUCUAAAGGUGAGACAGAGUGACAGAGGCUAUAUAAAACAGACAUAAGACCUUGCUGGAGUUUUUAAUGUUUGUUUAACGUGUAUUAAUUAUACAUAAUAAUGAGUUGUCUUGUGCCAUUUAUUGCAUGAGCAUAAUGCAUUCUGAUCAUAUUUGUGAUACUUUAUCCUUUCGCUAACUUCUCUUUUUCUCUUUCCUACUAAUCACCUUCCUCUUCUCAGUUAGCCCCUCAUUUCAUGACUUUCAUUAGUGUUAUUUACAGUAGCAUGGAU